CAACAUCAGCACCACUACCAUCCCUCCACAGUACCAUAACUAAUGGAACACUCGUCACCACAAUUCGCACACUGAUACACAUACCCAUCUAUAACUUCAAUCCACCUUACCAACCGAAUCAUCCCAACCUCACCCCCUCAUCUUCACAACCACCACCACAAAAUGGACCAAAUACACACCCGGGCCCUCGAAGCCCUCCAACCAUUCAUCCACCUCGCCACCUCCAACAGCGCGACCUCCCCACGCUUCAUCACAAACCUAAUCACCAACGCGACCUCCAACCCAAACACCUACGUAUUCGCCGAACUCCUCACCACCCCAGCCAUCCAAUCCCUCCGGGACCCCAACACCCCAGCCGAAUAUGCAAGCUAUCUGACUCUCCUAGAGAUCUUCGCCUGGGGCACAUGGCAAGACUAUCAAUCAACACCCAACCUCCCCCCCCUCAACGACGCCCAAACCCUCAAACUCCGACUCCUCUCCCUCCUCACCCUCUCGACAACCACCACCCCGCUAACCUACAGCUCCCUCAUGACAGCCCUAAGCAUCACACAACCCUCGGAGCUCGAAUCCCUCGUCACAAAAGCCAUCUACGCCUCACUGAUCACCGCCCGUCUAUCGCCCGCUUCCACCCCGCCCACUGUGAACGUCACUUCCGUGGCGCCGCUCCGGGACGUGAAGCCCGAGUCGCUGGGUAAGAUGAUCGAUAUUCUGACGGCGUGGGAGACGCGCUGCGGGGAUGUGAUUGGGGAUAUUGAGGCCGAGAUAUUGCGGAUUAAGACGGAGUCGGCGAGACGGAGGGCGGAGGAGCGGGAGAAGGAGGUGUUGUUUGAGAAGGCGCUUGCGGGGUGGGGGGCUAAGAUGGAGGAGAAGAAGGUUGGUGGAGGUGGUGGCGGGUGGCAGCAGGGUGGUAGGGGUGGUGGGGUGAUUGGGGGAAAUAAGAGGGAGUUUGCGGCGGAUGAGUUUGAUGAUGAUGAUGGAUAUUGGGAGCAUGGGCUUGAAGGAGGGGAUGGGAUGGGAGGUGGGGGAUCGAGGAUGGAUAUUGAUGAUGGGGCUGGAGUGAGGUUGGGUGGUGGUGGUGGUGCUUCUUCGGGACCGGCUAGACAUCCCAAACGGGUGUUGGGAAAGAAGUCAUAG